GUACUGACUCACUUACUAUUUGAGUAUCACGUAAUAUACUAUUCAAGUAUUCAGUAUCACAAUGGCUUCUCGAGCGUGUACUCGCGUCAUCCUUAUUUUAGCGUGGAUUAAAUUAUUGACGGCUCAGUACAGCAUACCGAGUGUCACUAUCCAGGCUUUGAAGCCGAAAGGAAUAAGAGUCUCUAUACCAGACACUCCAGGACUGAGCUUAUUCGUCUUUCAAGGGAAUGUCAAUCGGAGUAUAGCGAAGAACGAUGUAGGAAAUAUCAUGGGAGAAAUAACUGAGCCCACUGACGGGCGCUGGGUCUUCGAAGACCUGGAUGUGCAGCUGAAUGUUGGUGACGUCAUCAACUACUACGUGCAUGUCGUUCAUAACCAGAUGGGCUAUAUCAAAGACCCUGACUCAGUGAUAGUGCGAGAUACUGAACAAGGUGCAUACCAUUUUGUAGCAGGUGUACAUUACCGAGCGACUGAAGCUUUCUCGAAUGCAUGCUUACCACAAUACAAAGAUCUUCUUGCUCAAUACUAUAACAUAUUAAAUGAACGUUUGUCCAAACGUUGUUCAGCCAUAAAUGUCAAUACAAAUGUUACUUUCAUCAAAGCUAUGCUUAGUCUACUUGAUGAAACUGAAGUAAAAGUUGACUUUGUUUUGGAAAUAACUCCUGCCAGAAAUGAAACACUGUUAUAUGAUCUUUGUGGUACUACGUUAAAACUCAUUUUUGAUCUAUCUGUGCCAUAUGCAAGUGCACUUAUUGAACCAAUAUUAAACGUAUCAUCUAUUGGAAAUCAAUGUCCUUCUUUAAGAGCAAUUAGAAGUUCAAUUUCACGAGGAUUUAUUUGGAACAUUGGUGAAGCACUCAUUAGGGACACUAAUGAUGUGCCUACACGCCAAUUGGAGGAUCCUUCAAGCAAAAACCCUACCGCAAACGACUGCGGAACUACGCAAACUCGCGUGAGGAAUGGUAAAGCGUGCGCCGGCAAUAUCAUAUUCGAAGAAAGGUUUGACUUCCUGCGUGAGGAUGUGUGGCAGAUUGAGCAAUAUAUUCCCGAUGAACCUGAUUUCCCGUUCGUCUCAUAUCAGCGACCGUUCAAUGCUCCAACGGUCUCCGUCCAGGGAGGGAACCUGCGCAUCGAGCCAAAGUUACAACAAAAUGUGCCAGGCUUUGGCUCGUCUAUAGAGAUGGGGACUUUGGAUCUGUUUAGUGGAUGUACAUCCACAUCAACCAAAUGCCGCGCAGAGGCGUGGGGCGCGAGCAUUUUGCCGCCUAUAGUGAGCGGUAGACUAACGACCAAGGCCUUCGCCUUCACGUACGGACUCGUUGAGAUCCGUGCUAAGCUGCCUCAAGGAGAUUGGCUCUAUCCAGAUAUAUUGUUGGAGUCGUUUUUGAAAAAGUACGGCUCUCUGAACUACGCGUCCGGGGUGGUGAGGGUGGGGGGUGCGAGGGGUAACGAACAGCUUGCUGUGGGAAGCACUGGCUUUGGAAAUAAUUUGUUAUAUGGUGGCGUUCUGAUGGAUGCGACAUGCCGCGACACUCUGCUGCGAAACAAAACAUCGAGUCGACCAUGGGGCGAUGAUUUCCAUGUCUACUCCGUCCGGUGGACUCCAGAUGUUAUAACGCUAUCUGUGGACGGCGAGGAGUGGGCGCGGUUCGCGGCCUCUGGUGACAGUUUGAAGGAUCAGUUCCCUCCCUCGUGUGAUGUGGCACGCAGCGCUCUCACCACUGGCUCCAAGCUAGCGCCGUUUGACGACCAUUUCGUAAUAACCCUGGGUAUAGCGGCGGGCGGCAUCACGGAGUUCCCGGAUGAUGCAACGUCUGGCGGGAAGCCCAAACCCUGGAAAAACACCAGCAGGAAGGCCAGCCUUCGAUUCUGGCAGGACAUUGCCUCGUGGAUAGAGACGUGGAGACAACCAGCUUUAAUUGUCGACUAUGUGACUGUGCGAGCGCUGUGAUCGUUAUUUCUAUUAAGUAGUAACUAAUAUUACCAGGCAAAUAUUAACAGACAAAUAUUACUAGGCGAAUAUUACCAAACAAAUAUUACUAGGUACAUAUUACCAAACAAAUAUUACUAGGCAAAUAUUUACCAGACUUGUUACCAGUAGGUAACAAUACCAGUUAAGAUACUAAUAUUAAAAAGAGGAAAGAUUUGAUUGUUUGUUUGUUUGCAUUGAACAGGCUCCGAAACUACUGAACCGAUUUGAAAAAUUCUUGGGAAAUCACUGUUGGGAAGCUACACUAUCCCCGGAUGCUAUAGACUAUAUUUUAUCCCCGUUUUCCUACGGGAACGGAAACUAUACGGAUGAAAUUGCGUGGCAUCUGCUUGUGGUUUCUAUUGCAUGGAUUUUUUUCUCCAAAUGUUUGUUUCCUGAAUUCAAAAGGAGGUCGGUCAAAACCUGCUUCAAAUAAUAAAAUAAAAAAUUUCAAAUCUUUCA